AUGUCCCACAUCCUGAUAAAUUCACAAUCGUUGCGUCAAGGAACUACUGUGCCUAGGCAAGCUGCGAUGUUGACAACAUCUGGUACUUUGUAUCGCAAGUAUUGUUCUGGCCGAAACUUCGAAGAACUGCCGGCACGCCCGCUACGACGACAAGCAAACUUGAAGGGUCGAAAAGCCAAAGAAAAAUACACACAAGGAAAGAAUAGCACAAGGAUAUGGGUGACUACUUGUCAUGCAACAACUACGAGGCAUAUCUGUGAUGGCUCAGCAUAUUCCUUGGUCAGCGAAGGGCCAAAUCUCUUGAAUCUGAUCACAUUAUCCCACAAUUCUCCAAACUUGGAGACCAAAGUACUGGCAUCUCGCGCAGAACUCUCCCAGCGCCCUCCUAUCGACCGGCGACGAUGUCACAUACCACACAUUCACACGAUGAACGAACAGACGAAGAAGAAUCUUGAAAGUUCUAUUGAAUUAUCUAGAUCUUGUGAGCGAUUUCUACAUACCAGGAGGACAUGGACUUCUCACCUUUACAAUCCCUUGAGCAACAACUCCCCAAUGUUCAAAGCUAGACGAUCGGCUCUUGUUGGCAUGGUGUCUUGUCUCUCGAACAGUGGACGUUCCACGGUUGAGAAAGCAAGCGGUUUCCUGAGCUCUUGUCCGAAACCUGGAAAGACGACAGGAGGAGAUAUCGGCCCUUUCUACGACCGAGGACAAGACCACCUACGCGCCGUGGAUGAACAAAAGCAAAUGUCGAAAUGUGGAUAA